CAAGGGCUAUAUUUGGAGUAGGCUACACGUAUAUUAUCAGCCUAUUAGGUUAUGUUUGGUGAUUGUCAUAGUCAGACACAAGGAAAUUAAUUUUGUGACAAUCGCCUUAAGGUGAAACAAUGGCAAGUACUAUUUAUUUUAAAACAGAACCGUAUAUACACAGAUAAUUGAUUUAAGAAAGUGAGACGUGUUUCAACAUCAUCGCAUAACAUCUAGCCUGCCUCGAUGCAUAGACUGCUGCCUAGGGGAGUCAAUUAAAUAAACCCUGCUGAACGAAUGCAGACUACAGAUGAGUCCUAUAUGUCGUUCGCGAAUUAACGCCCGACUCGAUGUAGUGAACGAAUCUUUAUGGUUAAGGGAAUCGAAGACUUGGAGUCCCUCACACGAAGUGACAGUCGCUAUUUCCACUGAUGCGUUAAAAGAUAUUUGCACUCUUGUGCGAACAUCCAACAACAAGCUAACUUUACUGUGGUACCUCACCGUCUGCUGACCAGAAAAACAGUGAGCCUUCUGACAACGUGAUCAAAGCAGAACUUGGACUUGGACGUCAGACAUCUCAGGUAUGAGGUGGAAGUCUUGGGUGCCGUUAUCAACUGAGAAGGCUUCAACAACUGGAAAUACAGGCUCCAUGCGUUACACAAGACAUAGAUACCCGACAGAGGAGACCGCCCUGUCUCACACUGGGCCCCAAGGCCACACCAAUCCCCAAGACCAGUAUGAGAGAAUUGGAGGCAGAGCCGGAUGUUCGUUCACACAGACAUUAAUCCACCUACUCAAGGGUAAUAUUGGCACAGGACUUCUUGGCUUGCCACUGUCUGUCAAGUAUUCUGGACUGGUGUUAGGUCCAAUAAGCCUUGUGAUAAUGGGGAUCAUUGCUGUCCAUUGUAUGGACCUCCUCGUUAAAUGCUCUCAUCAUCUUGGCGCUAAGAAGGGAAAACCAUUUCUGACUUAUGGAGAGGCUAUGGAAUACAGUAUGGAGAAUGUUUCUUGGAUGUGCAAGCACUCAAUUUAUGGAAGGAGGUUUAUUAACUUGUUCUUGAUCAUCACCCAACUAGGCUUCUGCUGUGUCUACAUUGUAUUCCUAAGUGAAAAUAUCAAACAGGUCAUUGAGGCAGUCAACGGGACCACAGUGAACUGUCAGAACAACCAGACAACCCUUAUUGUGUCCAGCUUUGACUCCCGUCUCUACAUGCUCUGUUUCCUACCUUUCAUCAUUCUACUGGUGUUCAUACGGAAGCUCAAGCACCUGGCACCAUGGUCCUUGGUGGCUAACUUUGCCAUGUGUGGCAGUGCUGUCGUGAUUUUUUGGUACUCCCUAACUAACAUCCAAUAUCCAAUUUCACUACCAUAUGCUGGAAAGGCUGCAGAUUACCCUCUCUUCUUUGGUAUUGCAAUAUUUGCCUUUGAGGGAAUUGGAGUGGUACUUCCAUUGGAAAACAGAAUGCAGAGACCACAGACUUUCAGCAAGGUCCUCUAUUUGGGCAUGACACUUGUCACAUUGCUGUACUUAAGUUUGGGGACCAUUGGUUAUCUAUGUUUUGGGGAUCAAAUUGGACCAAGCAUUACUCUCAAUUUACCCAACUGCUGGUUGUACCACAUAGUCAAACUUCUGUAUUGUUUUGGGAUCUACAUCACGUAUGCUCUGCAGUUCUAUGUCGCAGCUGAAAUCCUGAUCCCCCCCGUAAUGGCCCACAUCCCACAGAGAUGGCAGUUUCCUGCUGACCUUACCAUCCGCACCUCCCUUGUCAUUCUAACCUGCGCCUUGGCUGUACUCAUCCCUGAGCUAGACCUGGUGAUCGCACUGGUGGGUUCAGUCAGCAGCAGCUUCCUGGCCCUCAUCCUCCCCCCCAUACUGCAGAUCCUGACAUUCCACAAUGAGGGUCUCCCCGCCUGGGUUCUGCUCAAGAACAUCACCAUCAGCCUGAUCGGCAUUGUGGGCUUUGCAGCUGGAACCUACAUCACCAUGAAUGAGAUUGUUAACCGUAGUUGCCCCAGAUACUCAAACAGCACCAUAUGCUAGAGAUCCUAAGGACCAGUGACCGUGCCCAUCUUAAUGUUCAAAGGCUUAAGUCUUUGUAAGCAAAGUGUA